GAAAAUGGCCGACCGUCAACCAACUGACUUUUCAGCGCUUUAAAGACGAAUUUGCAUUCUUUUUCCUUUCGUUUACAUUGUCGUAAUACAGUACAUCGUUACAGAUCAGCACUGCAGAGAGAGUACUUUCGUCAGCGGCUGCACGGUUGGGAACUCGAUGGAGUAAAUGUAUUUCAAGUCGCCUCGAAUGCCUCAAAUUUUAGACUUUCGCACUGAAGCACUUUAAGCUAGCAGUAGCAGCUGCACAGCGAGCUGAAUUUCAUGUAGGGUUCAUUCCUGAGAAAGGAGCACCGGGAAAGGGAACAGCAGUUCAUGGAAGACAAGAAAAGGAAGAAGGAAGAUAAAAGAAAAAGGGAAACCUCACAGAAGGUGGUCGAGCAAAAAAACAAAGUGCCAGAACUGACCAAGCCCCCAUCUGCCCAGUCUCUUGCCACACCUAACUCGGUCUCCCCUAGCCCUGGCCCUGUUCCUUCUACAACCUCCUCCAUUGCCACCCCGGCUGCUGGCACCCCCCCUCAGGGUGGGAACAAUGCUAAGCGGCCGGCGGUGGCCAACGGACAGCCCUCCCCCAGCACCCAGGCCCCCCAGCGCUACAUGCCCCGAGAAGUGCCCCCUCGAUUCCGUUGCCAGCAGGACCACAAAGUGCUACUGAAAAGGGGCCAGCCUCCACUGUCCUCCAUGCUGCUGGGGGGAAGCAACAAUGGGGGAGACAGCCCCAGUGCAGCAGUGACUGCUGCUUCAGAUUCCAGCCUGGGUUCUGCAGGUCCAGCUGCUCCCUCUCUGUCCCACACGUCAUCCUCCUCAUCAAUCGCUGCUUCUUCUACUACUACUUCUUCAAAUUAUGCAAAUUCCAUGUGGGGGGCAAGCUCUGGCAGCCAGCCCCUCUCUCAGGGCAGGGAGAAAGUGAUAGUGGAUGGGUCGGACCUGGAGGAAUGGCCCAGCAUUGCUGCUGGAGACGGGGCCAGAACAGGAGAUGCGACAGUUACUGGAGGAGCAGAUGGCAGCGUAGUACCGAACUGCAGUGCCUCAUGGGGUGAACGGCACCUCCAGCAGCAGCCAAAGGCUGUGGGAGGAGGGAAUGACGGAGGGAAAAGUGUCAGUUCUGGUAGCCCCUCCCCACCUUCAUCCUCCUGUUCAACCAAUGAAUGUAUGCAGCCUAGUAGUGUUGUUUGGGGGUCCCAGGGAGUCAUAGGAGGAAAUGCAGUAGCAGCAGGGUCAUUACCCCCCAUAUCCAAAGCCUCCCCUCUCCCAGGGACUGAUUGCUCUGUUGGCGUCAGCUGCGGAAUUCCAGGUGCCAACUUUAACCCUAAUGCCAACCCCUCUGCCUGGCCAGCUCUGGUACAGGAUGGGGCUGGGGCAGCUGCAACAGAGGGUGGCCCCACUCCUCUCCAAAGCUCAAAGUCAUUGUCUGCCAACAACUCCAUUUCUGUGAAUCAAGCCUCUCAUCAGCACCAACUUCACCAAAUGCAAUACAGAGACGUAGAGCCAUCCUGUAGAGACUGGGGUGGUGCGGCACUGGAGCCAGGAGCUGGACCAAAAAACACAGGCAUGAAGGAAGGAGGUGAUCUGGACUGUGGAAGUUCAGGUGGUGGGGAUCUCUCUGCCUCGUCUUCCUCCUCCGCCUCUUCAUGUGCUUGGAGAGCUCAGCCUUUUCCUGCAAAUUCCAAAACGGGUGCCUCUAGGACUGAUGCUUGGGAGAGUGGAGCAACAGGAAGCUCUGUCUCUGCUGAAGGGGGAAACUCAUGGGGGUUCAGAGGACAAGAUGAUAGACAGGGUGGAAGUACAUGGGGCACCGGAAAUGGUGGUCAGAUAUCUGGGGUAUCUCAGGGAGAAUGGGGUGGGGGAGUUGGGGAUUGGGGUAAUUCAAGCGGUGUUGGCAAUCCAAGUGGUGGAAAUGGAGGUGGCUCAAGUAGUAACAGCAGCAGCAGUGGUGGCAGCGUAAGCAACCCUUCAGUUUCUUCCUCUACACCUUCGACUAUGAUAAGAGCUUGGGACAAUCAGAAAGGAACUGGAGGAGAUGGAGGGACAGGAGACACCAGUGAAUGGGGAGGUCAAGGCAGCAGAGGCGGAGGAGGUACCUUAUCCUCAAGUGGUGCAGAAAACUCGAGAAGUGGCAAUCAGCACCAUGGCCACCACCGCUCUCAACAGCCUUGCAACGCUGAAGUGGCCUUACAGAGUCUGCUUAGUCGGACGGACCUAGACCCUAGAGUGCUGUCAAACACGGGAUGGGGACAGACACAGAUUCGACAGAAUGUGGCAUGGGACUUGGAGGCAGAUAGAGGAGCAGCAAGUGGAGCCAAAUCUUCUGCACCAAGCCAUCCACUGUAUUCUGGCUCUACUGGAACAUCAACCACUGCCCCAUCAUCUUCAUCACUGAUUCCUGGUGCACCCCAGAACUCAAAUUCCAAUUCCAUCGUCGGACCCCCAUCGGUCUCACCUCGUGAAGGCUGGGAUAGCAGCAGUAGCAGCAGUGGUUCCUCUUUGCCCAGUCGAGGUCCACAACCCUCUGGCAACAGUAUUCAAAACCCUGGUGUUUCACAGGUUGGAAGUGGAGUGGGUAAUUCAUCAGGGGGGCAGAGCAAGCAUUUUGGGGGCUGGGGAGAGCCAAAUCCAUCUGAGAGCCAAGGAAAAUGUUGGGGCAGUGAGGGACAGGAGUGGAGAGAAAACACAGCAGGGAGCGGGUCAAGUGGAUGGGGUGAUUUUCGACAACAGGGUACUCCAGCAGGUGGAGACUGGGGAAACAGUCAGGAGGAGAAAGGGACCGGAGGUUGGAAAGAGAUGCGAAGAGGAGAUGGGGGAAAUUGGGGACAGAGAAGCGGUAAUGAAUGGGGAGAACGUGAGUCAAAGACAAGCAGUGGGGGUUGGGGUGGUGGGAAGGAUGGUGGAGGUACAGGUGGAGAUUCAGAAGUAGGUACAUGGGGCAGCUGGGAUGAAGGAGCUCCAAGAAAAGCUUGGGGAGCAGGAGGUACCGAGACAGGAGGUGUUGGGACAGGAGGGGGGAACAUGGGAAACAAAUCUCACUCAAGCUGGGGUGGCAGCGUACACCCUUCACAGAUGCCAAACAGCCAGACGGCCUCUCUGAAAGGUCAGGCACAACAGCAGCAACAAUCACAGCCCCAGCAGUCGCAGUCGCUGGAUACAGGGGCCAUGCAAGGGGGCUGGGGAAGACAAGGUGGUUCUUCAGCCCAGAGCCAAAGUUCAGGAUGGACCUCAGGGCCCAUACCUCAAAUAUCCAGUGGAACUGGAAGCAGUUCAGACCCUAGUGGUUGGGAGGAGCCUUCGCCACAGUCUAUAAGCAGGAAAAAGGAAAUAGAUGAUGGAACAUCUGCCUGGGGUGAUCCCAAUAAGUAUGCCUAUGUCAAUUAUUGGGACAAAAACAAUGACCCAUCUGACCAACCGUUGCAGGCUCAGCCCCAGGGGCCUCCUCCACCUCAAUCAGUAAGGAAGCCUGCAGCUCCUGCAAGCAGAGAUGUGAACCUCACGCACUCCUCCAACAAGGGCCCUGCAAUGGUAGCUCCGUCUGGAUGGGGAGGGAAUGGCUCUCCCUCCAGUCCGUGUGUGGACAACGGCACUGCAGCUUGGGGCAAGCCCACAGAAAUACCUAGUGGUUGGGGUGACCCAGAAGACACUGGGAAUGCCUCGGGCUGGGGUAACCCAUCUCCCAACCCAGUAAAAUCUGUUUCAAAGUCUAUGCAAGAAGGUUGGGGUGAGCGAGAGGGAUCUGUUAGUGCUUCACGCCACUCCAGCUGGGAAGAGGAGGAAGAAGGGGGCGUAAUGUGGAACAGUGCUGGAUCUCAAGGCAGCAGCUCUUCCUAUAACUCUGGGGGCUGGGGAAACAAGAAGGGAAACAAGGGUCCAAUAAAAAGUGGAGACUCUUGGAUAAACCCUAUUAAUAGACAGUUCUCUAACAUGGGGAUUCUGGGAGAGGAUCCCAGUGGCCGUCCACUGGAUCUGGCCCCUGGCCCUCCUCAAGAUAAAAAGAUGGAUGGAGACAAACGAGGAGUGGGUUUGAGUGACUACAAUGGAGAUAUGCGCAAAGGAGGUCGUGGAGGGCCAGGAGGCGUAGUCUUCCGUUCGUCUAGUUCCAAAGAGGUGGGGCCUGGUGAGCCUGGGCCUUACUAUGACAAGCAGACCUUGCCUUUCACCAAUCAGGAUGGGUGCCUUGGGGAGGAGGGGCCUUGUUCUCCAUAUUCUCCACCCACAGUCUUCAAGCCCUCUCCCCUCUACAACCACCCCAAUCCCCCUAGACAAAUGGGUAGUCAUAUGUUUGGAAGUAGUGGUGGGAUGGCGCAACCCAGGCACCAGCAAGGAGUGCCACCCAUUAACCCGACUGUACGAGCGCAAGUGCCUCAUCAGUUCCUGUCACCUCAGGUGCCAGGCUCUGUUCUGAAGCAAAUGCCUCCUCCAAGCUGUGGCGUUGGAGGAGUCAGUGGAGGGGUUUUUCCACCUCAGCUUUCCCCACAGAACAUCGCCAUGCUCAGCAGCAUUUAUUCCCCUCAAAUUCAGUUCCAGCUGGCCUGUCAGCUGCUCCUCCAGCAGCAGCCUCAACAGCAGCAGCCUCAACAGCCGCAGCUUUUGCAGAACCAGCGCAAGUUCCCUCCAAAUGUGCGUCAGCAAGCAGACCCACAACAGCUUGCCAGAAUCAUGGCUGUUCUCCAGCAGCAGAGACAGCAACAGCAGCAGGUGGGUAGUACAGGUGGGAGCUCUAAGCUGUCCCCCUCUCACCUUGGCAGUGGUGGUCCAAAAAUGCCCAUGCCUGACUCCCUUACUCACCCUGCCAUGGGAGGCUCAGUAGCUGACCUGCAUCAGAAAUCAUCAGCUGCAUAUUCAGGGUUUGGUUCUGGCCUUGAGUUGGGUUCAAUGGUUGGUGCUUCUUCUGGUUUAAAAGAAGGAGGUGGACAGCAAUCCCGGUUUAAAUGGAUGAUGGAAGGUCACUCACCAGCUCCCUCCUCUCCAGACAGCGCAAUUCACAAAAAUGGCCCCAUUGCUGCUCCUGUGAAGAGAGGUAGCUCGCCAUACUCCCAGUAUGAGAUGCUGGGGGUGGAUAGUUUGGGUGUGCCUUCAGACAGCUGGCAGAGAACCCCUGGGAACAAAAUGGGAAACAAAACGGGCACAUCCACAUGGCCUCCAGAAUUCCAGCCAGGGGUGCCUUGGAAAGGAAUUCCGAGUGUUGAUCCAGAAUCAGACCCCUACAUGACCCCUGGAGGUAUACUGAGCUCAUCGACCGUGUCGAGCAUCAAUGAUACUGAGCACCCGUUGCUUCGAGAUAACACAGAAUCAACCCCCUCCCUAAACACCUUGCUGCCUUCACCUGGUGCCUGGCCCUACAGUGCCUCAGACAGCCCCCUCAACAAUGCACACAAUCCAGCUAAGUACACAGAGUACAAGCCAAGCUGGCCCCCUGAGCCUAUUGGACACAACAAGCCUUGGAAGACCAAUCGCAGCACUUCCCAGCUGCCACGCCCACCUCCUGGACUAACCCAUCAGAAGCAGCCCUCUGUGUCCCCGUGGGCGGGAGGAGCACCACGCUUGGGCAGGGGCUGGGGUGGCUCUGGAGGCAGCCAAGAAAGCAGAUACGGGCCUGGUAAUGUCAUGACCUCAGGCUCAACAUGGAGUGAUGGUGGAGCUUCAAGGGGAAGCUGUUGGCUGGUGCUAAGUAAUCUUACUCCCCAGAUUGAUGGUUCCACACUGCGCACUAUCUGUAUGCAGCAUGGUCCACUGUUGACCUUUCACCUUGGUCUAACCCAGGGCAGUGCUCUGAUUCGCUACAGUACUCGCCAAGAAGCAGCCAAAGCUCAGAGUGCCCUGCACAUGUGCGUUCUGGGCAACACCACAAUCCUGGCUGAGUUUGUGAGCGAGGAGGAGGUCGCUCGCUAUUUUGCACAUUCCCAGGCAGGUGGAGCUGGGAGCACAACUGGAGCCAGUGCGGGCGGCGCCGUUACCGGGCCAACAGGAGCGGCGGUGUCGUCUGGCCCCGGAGCAGUGGGUGCUGGAAGUGCCGGGAGUAUACCUGGUGGAGAGAGGGAGCGGCCUGGUGGAGGAAGCACUAUUGCAGGAGGUAGCAACAACGGGGCCGUUGGUGGACCUGCAGGGUCUGGCUGGCAGAGUUUGGACGGUACGGGCAACUCCCCUGAUCCAGUCUCAGCCCAAGGCUCCGGUCUGGGCAUCUUCGCCCAGUGGAGCAACGGUGCAGGCGGAGGUGUAAUGGGCAGCGGCACGGCAGGCGUGGAGCCGUCCAGGCAGGGGCUUUGGGGGGGCAUGGCAGCAGGGUACCCCAGCAGCAGCCUGUGGGGGUCUCCUGCUUUGGAAGACCGGCACCAAAUGAGCAGCCCUGCAGCACUGUUGCCUGGAGACCUGCUGGGUGGCGGGUCCGACUCUAUCUGACUGACGCAAACACACACACACACACACACACACACAGCACAGCACACACAGGACAAAAACAUGAGUAUAUUGAAAAAGCACCCACUUAUAUAUCUACAGUUAAUUAAAUACAAGCAUAUAGUCACUGUCAAAUGAACAAUUUGCAUACGUAACCUCAGUGGAUAGUCCCAGAGUACAUUUGAUAUACAGUAAUUAGUAAACACAUUUGCCAAAAGAAUUAUAUUAGAUGCACUCAGAUACAUGGUACAGAUCCAUACAUACACUCAAAUAUAUUCAAAUGCUGACUUACACAAAUGUCAUUAUUACAAAUACCAAAAUGCAUUAUGACAUUAUGAGUUUCAGACAACACUGGUUGCAGAUGUACACACACUGUUAAACACAUCAGUUUCACACAGGAGCCGUGCUCCAGACCCUGCUCUCCAUAAUCCGAUAUCCAUUAUAAAGUCCAUACUCAGGAGCAUGGAGAUUCAGAGUAUGAAGCUCGGCCAUUGUUUUUUGUUUGUUUGUUUGUUUGUUUGUUUUUUGUUUGUUUUUCAUAAGUAUUUGCAGUGCAAAACUGCUGACUGAUAUACAGACGCACAUGCCUACACAUCCCUCGUACACCUUUUAUCCUUAAAUGAAGACUUUUACAGCAAGACUUGAACAAAAAAAAAAAAAAAAUAAACAGUUGGACCUUAAACACAUGGAAAAAUAAAAACUGGAUGAAAAUGACAAAUAUGUAUGCAUCAUUACAAUGUUCUAUGUGAUGUUGAACACUCGGCAUAGAGGAUUCUUCAUAUUGUUACAGCUCCCAUUUACUGGCAAAGUCAAACACACUUCACUUGGCCUCGCUGUUCUGAUGUCUGACUGUAUUUUGUCUUUAUUUGUUUUAAAUGUGGAACAGUGGAAUCCAGAGAUGUCUCUCUUCCUUAAUAUGCUGACCUCGUUUUUUCUCCUUUUUUUUUCUUUUCAUUUCCUCUUCAGUCAAGUUCGUCAUGACUAUGACUAUGAUCACUUGGAUGUUAAUUAGCUGUACAAGGCACCCUUUUGGCCUACGUGUGCAUGAGAGAAGCCCUUAAAUGGAGGAGGUGACACGAAGCAUUAGUGUGGCAUCAGUGAAUGUGUGUCCUUGAGAGAUUUACAAAGCGUGCUGUGCGUUUGCUAAUAUCUAUGCUGGUUAGGGAGGCGAAUAAAUGUAUGUGUGACAGCUUAUUUCAGGUCUUUUGGCGUCUGUGUGCUGGAUAAGUGUAUGCAGAAACGUGUGAGUGUAGAUGGAAAGUUCGAGAACAUUGGCACUAAUGAAUAUUUCUUAAGUUGUGGUUUUAGCAGCCUUUUUUUUUGUUUUAUAUAUUGUCUGAAUUGCAAUAAUAUUAAAGAGAAAAAGCUUUUUGUUUUGUUUUUGUUUUGUCUUGUCUUUUUUUUUUUCUUUUUUUUUUUUAGAAGAAGAAAAAGAAGAAACAACCAACUGAAGGCAUUCAUACUGAGACAUGCCAAACUUAUUGUACCAAGCUGAGCUGGAUGGAUGUUUUAGGAACACUUAAAAGUUACCAAUUGUUUAUUUUUUGUUGUUGUGUACCAUUUUAAAUUAAGGCAGGCUUUAUCACUCCUGUUCAGGUUGUUUGUUUUCUGAUUUUACAAAGAAAAAGGAAAAUUAAUUUAACAAAAGAACAAGACGAUUAAUAAAGGUUGAAUUAAAGUUU